GCUUUCAUUAAUAAAACUGAAAAAAAAAAAAAAAGUUUACAGACAUCAGAGACAAGGUUAAUAGGGCCCAGCCCAGUUAAACAUCCCAAUUAAAAAGAACCAUAACUGAAACCCCAAAAUGAAAGUUAGAAGCCCAUAUGAGUAGAGGGAUGAAGCCCAGUUGAAAGUCAAUUUGAGAGAGAGGGAGCUUUCGUAAGAACUCAGGAAGAAGAACGACGACGACCGUUCCAAAACCAAUCAAAUUGAGUGAGAAAACCAUAAUUGAAGCAUCUUUGAUGAAAGGGAAGGGUUUGAUUCUCUGAAACUUUGAAUUUGGUUUCUAAUCUGGAGAUCAAUGGUCUUGAUGAGAGAGUCCACCGAUCGAAACGUGUUAGCAUGCAGUCGUUGAUUCCGUUCUCGCCAUAGCCAGUACAUCGUCGCUUUCCAAGCCAAGAGGGAGAGUAGCUUGUUCUGUUUCGGCGGCGGUAGAGCAAUCAUCUGGUUUAGGAGAUCGGACCAGUUGCGAAGAGGUUGAAGCUGACACUUAGUAGCCAAGCGAGACCAAAGAUCAUAGCUAUAGGGGCAAUCCAUGUAGAGAUGGUUUCUGGUUUCGGAGGUGACAUUACAGAGAAGACAGAGAUGGCUAACCUGAAGACCCCAAGAGAGGAGACGAUCACGGGUCUUUUGACCCACGGGUCUUUCGGAGGUGACAUAUUCGCGCUUUCAUUCAUUACCUUUAAACUCAUUUUCUCCCCCAUUUCUUUUGAUCCAUCUUUAUUUUUCUUAUUUAACUAUAAGAAGAAUAUUAUCGAAAAUGUCAUUUUGUCUCAUGUUAGUUGAAUUUCUCAUAUAGCCUUUAUCUUCUUUAACUUGGAUUUAAUGCUCAUGUGAUAAAUUAAUGAUGAAUUGUAACUUACUAACGUAAUUCUUUUCAAUGUAAUUUUCCUACAAUUUUCAAAUAAUAUUUUUUGCAAUGUCAGUUUCAUAUAUUUAUGUAAAAAUCCUUUUAAAACUCAUCAUUAAUUUAUACUAAUUGAAAAGUAAGACGGAAAUGAAUCUACAACCAUGGUUUGAAGUAAGAGAGAUGCCAAAGAGUGGUGUUAAUGUGUACAUCUUAAAGACAAUGCAAACUCUAAAAAACGAUAUCAAAUGUUAAGUUCUAUAAAUUGUUGACUUAAAGCUAAUUGAAAAUUAAGUAGAUAGUUAAUACAAUUUAUAUAUUAUUUUAGAUAAUAAUUUGGUGAGUCUUUUAACACAAUUUUUUUGAGAUGCGAACUUCACGAUCUUCUAAAUUGUAUAAUACCAUACUUUAGUCAAUAUAACUAUGGUAAAAAUCAACAAUUAGUGAAAUAACACCCAUAUCUUUACUACAAUAAUUUAAUGUUUCAUCUCAUUAGGCGUUUUUAGACCUUUGUAAUCAUAUUUCUGUUUUUUUCUGUUUGAACUUUAGACCUAAUUGUGUUCUCUUUGGUGGGAUAUGGAAUAAUUUCUGUUUUGAACUAUUCAUAAAAUAUUUUCAAAGAAAAAAUGAAUUAUCAAAGUUUAUAAAAGCAGUUUGAUAAAAAUAGUCCCCAAAACAGAAAUUUGAGUAAAGCAACAUCAGGUGGAACUCUACGGAAUCAAUUUGGAUAUCGAGAAUUUAUCUUCAUCUUUUUCAUCUGUUUUUUUUUUCUCUUAUGUUCUUAGAAAUUUAAACUCUGCUGCAGCUGGCUAAAUAUGCUUUGUAUCAUGCAAACUAUGUCCUACUUCGGUAGCUUUCUUCUAUGAAAUGUUUUUGGUUGUUCAAAAAAAAGUUUAUAUAUGUGCUAAUGAGAUGAACAUGCGUUCUUUGUAUAAUUUUUUACAGUCUCAAAUUUGCCAUUUGUGUAACCGCCAUGUUAUUGUAAUGUUACACAUGUCUUUUGACAUAAUUUGAAAAAGAAUUGUUGUUGGAUUGAUUCGACGUACCAGAGUUCUUUAAAGUAUAAAAAGACAAAAAGAUAGAUUUGCAAGUGAGGUUUGAGACGAUGGAUCUAGUCAUCUACAAAGACAAGUUGAUAUCUAUAAUGGAUACAUGCGAAGAUAAUAGCGCAGGCGAAAUAAUAAAAGUUAAUAAGAGCACGUGAUUUAUUCUAAGCCAAUCAAUUACGUACCUUAGAUACCUAGUUCACUAAACAUGUUUAAUUUUUAAUGUAAACAAUUUGAAAACGUACAUAAGCCCUGUAAUAAUUUAAUGAUAAUUAAAUCAUAAAUCACAAAAAGUGGUUCUAAUAGAAAAUAUUUUAGCAAAAAAAAAAAAAGUGGUUCGUGAAAAUCGUCACACGUGAUAAUUAAUGAUUAAAUACUUUAUGUUUAAUGAAAUGUCAUUAUCACUGUCAUUUAAUCAAACCUAACCCAAAAAUUAAAAAAUUUAGUAUUUUUCAAUGGCAAAACAUUCGAGAAAAAAAAUCCUUUAUUAAAAAAAAACAUUCGAGAAAAUAACGCACGUGUUUCCAAAAAAAAGACAGAACACAAAACGACCCCGUGUCUGAAGAGUGUGCCAGUUGGCAAGUGAAAACACGGAACCGUAUAUAUAAGAGAGCUUCCAUCCACUUUCAGUUUCCUCAGACACAACAGAAAACACAGAACCAAAUCUAAUUUUUUUAAAUCCAAAUUCGAAUUUUAAUCGGGCAUGCAAUAUCCUUACACUAGACCCGGAUUCAUCGGAGCUUCAGAUACCCAGACCCGGACUCGGUAUCCGUAUCAAGAGCAGUUGUCUCCGGAGCAAGAACUGUCAGUCAUAGUCUCCGCCUUGCAACACGUCAUCUCAGGCUCAGGGGAAAGCGACACGAAGCCGUAUCAAGGUCUCUCCAGCGACAGUACGGUGAUAAUGCCUCGGUCAGAUUAUAACACUUGUCAAGUUUGUAGAAUCGAUGGUUGUCUGGGCUGCGAUUACUUUUUCGCGCCAAAUCAGAGAAUUGAAAUGAGACAACAUGUCGUAGUAGUAGAAGAAGAUGGGGUUAGUAGUAAUAGUAGUGGAAGAGAGAGCUCUGCUAAGGCGAAGAAAGCGGAAGGCGGGAAGAUCAGAAAGAGGAGGAACAAGAAGAAUGGAUACAGAGGUGUGAGGCAGAGACCUUGGGGAAAAUUUGCAGCUGAGAUCAGAGAUCCCAAGAGAGCGACACGUGUCUGGCUUGGCACUUUCGAAACCGCUGAGGAUGCGGCUAGGGCCUACGAUCGAGCCGCUAUUGGGUUCCGUGGGCCACGGGCUAAACUCAACUUCCCGUUUAUGGACUACACUUCUUCUCCUGUUGCAGCUGACACUAGUGCAAGUGUGAGUGUGAGUACAAGUGUUAGCGCAGUGGACUCUGGUGAAGCAGAGCAAUGGCGUGGAGGAGAGUGUGAUAUGGAUGAAUAUUUGAAGAUGAUGAUGAUGGACUUUGGGAAUGGAGAUUCUUCGGAUUCAGGAAACACUAUUGCUGAUAUGUUUCAGUGAUAUGUUUCACUUGCUCUUUCUUGUUGGCUUUGUUUUUUAUUGUUAAGUGCAAGAGGAGUGUGACACUGGCUGAUUUAGAGGCUGAAACUAAUGUUUCAUUAGGCUUUGCAGAGGAGGACCGGCCCUGCUUGUUCAAAUUGAGCAAGAUUCUCGGUUUGUUCUGUCAUGUAGAGUCGUUUGACUGUAUUGGGCAAAGGACAUGUAAUUAGUACUCUCGAUUUUGUGUUCCUUUUUGUAAACUCUAUGUUAAAGAAACUCAUAUUUGGUCUGAA